AUGGCCAGACAAGUGCGUUUCCAUAGAACUGGAAACUUAGCCAAAAGACAGGAUGAAGGUGACGAUGACUACGUGUGCACUGCCACCAAAGGCUGCGAUAUUGGCUGCUGCGGGCCCUUAGAUGAGGAGGGAAAUGGAGUAUGCGGCCUGGGCCCGGACUUCUGCGGCGACGGGUGCACAUCGACGUGCCACUACAAGUCUGAGUGCGAUCCGGGCUGGGGCAUCGAGUGGUCCAACGCCACUGCCUGCCCCUUGAACGUAUGUUGCAGUGAGUAUGGCUUCUGUGGCACCGAUCCCGGAUUCUGCGGCGGUGAGGUCGUGUCCUCGCCGCAGUGUGAUAUCGCGGCCGGCAGCUCCAAUGGUCGUACCAUCGGCUACUACGAGGGAUGGAACUCGCAACGCUCCUGCGGUACCAUGACCCCAGAAGAGAUUCCCAAGGGUUAUUAUACCCAUUUGUUCUACUCAUUCUCGCUGAUCAAUCCGGAGACCUUCCGUCUGGAACCCAUGGACGACACCACGGGCAGUCUAUACGGCUCUGUCUCCGCCCUGAAAACAACGCAGCCUGAGUUGCAGGUCUGGCUCGCCAUCGGCGGGUGGGCCAUGAACGACCCGGGCGCGUGGCGGACGACCUUUUCGGAUUUGGCCGCGAGCGAGAGUGCUCAGGAUGAGUUCUUUGAGAGCUUGGUCACCUUCAUGUCCACCUAUAACUAUGACGGUGUCGACAUCGACUGGGAAUACCCUGUGGCCGAAGACCGUGGUGGUAUCGAAGCCGACUUUGACAACUUUGUCAACUUCAUCUCACGCCUGCGCAACCGCUUGAAUAAUCUUGGCACGCCAAAGGGCUUAUCCAUGACCCUCCCUGCAUCAUACUGGUACCUGAAGGGCUUCGACAUUAUCAACUUAGAGCCCCAUGUCGACUUCUUCAACGUCAUGACUUAUGAUAUCCACGGUGUCUGGGAUUCAACCAUUGAAUCUUUGGGUCCUUACGCCCACGCUCACACCAACUUGACCGAGAUUGAGGAGGCUCUCAAGCUUCUCUGGCGAAACAACAUCAACCCGAGCCGUGUCAAUCUUGGUCUCGGCUUCUACGGCCGUUCUUUCACCAUGAAGGACCCGAGCUGCAUGGCGGCAGGAUGCGAGUUCUCAGAAGGUGGCAACGGCGGAGCUUGCACCGGGACUGCUGGCGUCUUGUCUGCCCAUGAAAUCAUGCAGAUCAUCGAGGACGGCGCGACCAUGACUUUAGACCCCGUGGCUGGCGUGCAAAUUGUCACCUGGGACUCGAAUCAGUGGGUCUCAUGGGAUGAUACCGAGACACUGAAAAUGAAAGUGGACUACGCCAACCAAAGAUGUCUGGGAGGCGUCAUGAUCUGGGCCGUCGAUCUUGACGAUGGCACUCUGAUCAAAAGCCUGUCGGAAACUGGCAGGGAGACAACCAUCAUACUCGACGACCCUCCGGCGAUCUCGGCCUGCUUCGGGACCACGUUGGAGGACAUCUCCGGCAACGUCACGGAUGCGAGUAGCUAG